AUGCGCCAGGUCUUCGGGCAAGAGCUCGACGAACUGCAAAAGAAAAGCCCGCAGCUGUUGGACGUGGCGAGAUCGUACUUUCCCCACCUCACCUCCUCCACGUACGAGGCUUUGGCCCGAGAGCCCGAUGGUUUGCGCCUGGACAAGGACCGCUGCGAAAGGGAAAUGGAGCAGCUGGCCGUACAAAACUACAGCGCGUUCAUCGGCAGCGCUGAGGUCACGCAGGGAGUACGACAGGAGCUGUCGAGCAUUCAAGCCAGCUUGCAAGAGAUGGCCGAAGUCCUGGAGCCCGCCCAGGAGACCAUCUCCCAGCUGCAGGAUAAAGCAACAGGCCUGGGUGCACGGCGAGCUGCCCUGCGGAACGUGCUGACACAGCACGGCGCUCUGCUCGAGCUCCUGGAGCUGCCUCAGCUGUUAGAUGCCUGUGUCCGGAAUCAGAUGUACGAAGAGUCCUUGGAGCUUCUUGCUUUCUGCAAGAGCUUGUUGCAAGCACAUGAAGCCCGCGGGGAAGACAUCCAUGUUUUGACGCACAUCAAGGAUCAGGUGGCUGUGCAAAGGACUAACCUCCGCGAUUCCUUGGCCGCGCAGCUCAAAACGGACAUCCAUCUUCCGGCCUGUGUGCACAUUGUCGGCUUCUUGCGGCGCGUGCAGCGCCACUCCGAGGAAGAACUGCGUGAACUCUUCAUCGAGCAUCGCAGCAAGUUCCUGGAUACCCACAAGCAACAGGUUGAACUCCUGCGCCACAGCCGUGGCAGUGUGGGGACGGCGCUGCGGAAUGCAGCUGACCUGCUGCGGACGCACGUAUACGACAUCGGCACGCAGUACAAGGCUCUUUUCCCACAAGACGACGGACCCCUUGGGACUUGGCUCAACAGCCAGGUCACGUGGUUAAUGAUGCUGCUGCACCACCACGUGCUGCCAUCGAGUUCGAGUGCGAGUGGCAAAGGCUCCACGACGACACUCAGCGCAAAGAUCGACGCUGCACAGCUGACGACUGUCCUCCGACAGUGUGUCCAUGCAUCGUCUACGCUGAAGCGAUUAGGUGGGCAUUUCUUUCCAGCAGUGGCUGGGAUCUUCGAGGCACGCAUGGAGCAGUACUCCCGCGAGAUGCUAGACAGCGCCCUGCUGACCUUCCAUGCCGAGCUUGGGCGCUACGACUGGGUGCCUUCCACCGCCCUGGCAGGCGGCGCCAGCGAGGCGUCGGCAGGCUGGCUGCACCCGCAGGCCUUAGAACUCACUCGGCACCGCCCACUGGCGGUCCUUACCAACGACAUUGUUCAG